CACCUAUAUUUACAUGGACCACAUCCAAAAAGUUUACCCUCAGAGACCGAAUUCUAUGAUAAAUUCAGUGUGCCAUCUCGGGGCAAAUGCAGUUGUAAAAAUAUAUGGCUCGGGGACGUAGAAAGUGCAUUAGAUGGUAAGUUAGAUGGAUAUGGCGGAUUUCGUAAUUCCGGGAGUAUGUUCAUGGAUGCCUACUGUUGCGCAUAUAAAAUGAAAAAGGACGAUUCUUCCCAUAAGGAUACACCCUGUUAUUUUUUCUAUUAUUGGUUGGGGGAUAAAUUUUUUAUGGAUAAGGAUAAUACAAACCUGGAAGCCUUCAUAGCCAUAAUUUAUAAAACAUUAGAGAACGCUUACCCCCAAUAUAAGUGUCAAAUUAAAUACCAAAAUGUUGACAAAUUUGUUUUCGGCCUAAGAAAGGAAGUAUAUGAUUUUUUCCAUAAUUGUGACACCAUACGGGAUCGUACACAGGAUGAUAGGACCAAAUGUAGUCCGGCAUAUUCCGAGUACGUCGAUCGAAUUACUGCAACAUAUGAUGCUGUGGAUGCACUUUGUAGGAGGAGCCCUAAUGAUGAAUAUUGUAACUCAUUUUGGACAGAAAAUAAGACUAGCAUUCUGGAUAAAUUGUCCAACUUGAAGUGUGAAUCACAAACUACAGAUGAGAAAAGUGCAACAUGUUCCCCUACAAAAACGGAAUCAGCAAAUACCCACCCUAGCAACCUUCCUUCCACCACCACCACGGCCCUUUCUUCCAUCUUUGGCACCUUAGGAGCGACGGCCCUUCCUUUUCUUCUAUAUAAAUAUAAACCAUGGUCUUCCUGGUUUGGUAACCACUCUUCUGGAUAUGAAGGGAGCAGCAGUAGGAUAAAGAAAAGAUCAAACCGACAACAACAAUUUGACGAAAUAACAGAAACUUCCACAAUGGACUUCACAGGAAGUUCGGAAACAAGUUCCACGUUUGAUCCCACUACAGUACAUUCUACUGCUGCGUACAACACAAGACAGCCUAGCAGGGGGGAAAGAAGAGCAAGAGCAGGAACAGGAACAAAUAAUAAUACAAGCGACCGUCAGAAUAUAAGUUACCAAAACAUAGAAAGAAUUUUAGCAUACAACAAUUCCCCUAUACUGGAUGAAUUGGAUCCGAACAAUUUAUCUUCGAAGAAAGAGUUCUAUGAUAAAUUCAAUUCGGCCAAUGGGAACGACUGUAAUGGCAGCAAUAACUACCCCCAACAGUUAGAGGCUAAAUUACAGAGUGACUUUUCAGGGUGCACACAAAUUACUGCCGACGCUAAGAAAAUUGCCCAUGCGUAUUGUUCCGCUUGUGAAAAGAAGAAGACGAAGACCUGGGGUGAUAAACCUUGUCAUUUCUUUUAUUAUUGGUUGGGAGAUAAAUAUGGGAAGAAUUUAAACAAUAAUCAUAAAUUUUCAGACCUCCUGAGUGAAAUUUACCAUACGAUAGGAACCUUUUCUACUGAAAAUAAAUGUGAAGUUAAAUACGAUGAUGUCUUCGAAAAACUUCUCCCCCAAAUGAAAAAAGUCUAUGAUUAUUAUUACGAGAAUGAGAAAAUAAACGACAUAUUACUGAAGAAUACGCCCAUCUGCGACGAUAAGUGGUUAGGUUACCUGAGUGAAGUUUCCUUAGCAUGUGAAGCUAUAAGACCAGAUUGCGCAGAAAGGGGAAAGGAUAGUAAUUCAUAUUGUAAAGACUUUAAUGAUACAUACAAAGUACCUUGUGCUUUAGCGGAAGCAUUAAAUUUGUAUUGUACAGAGGCAACUACCCUAAAGGGAGAUACGACUUAUUCCUCCGUAAGAAAAAAACUAGAGGCCCAACGGAAGCUCGCACAAAAAGCAACAGAAGAAGCAGAGGAAGCAAAACAAACAGUACAAUCCCAAUUAAACGAAACCGUUCUUCAAGCAAAUAAGGCUUCUACUCUUUCUUCUGCUUUUGGUACCUUAGCAGCAUUAGAAUUACCUGCACUCCUUUUCCUCGCAUAUAAGUAUAAACCAUGGUCUUCUUGGUUUGGUAUCCACACUUCUGGAAAUGGAGGAAGCAGAAGAAGUAACAGAAGAAGAAGAUCAGCUGGACGUGACAUUGACGGUUUAACAGAAAUAUCUACUAUAGGUUCAACAACAGAGGAUGCUUCAACAGUAUAUGGUGUAAAAUCUGUCAGAAAGGGAAGAACAAAUACUCCAGGUCGCCAGAUUAUAGGUUAUCAGAACAUGCGUAGAACGAGGUUUGCGUUCCUUUACAAUGGACUUAAUUUUGAUAAUUUACCUUCCAAGGUUACUUUCUAUGAUGAAUUCGAAAAUGGAAACGUAGAAAACUGCACAGGUGAAUGCCAAGCAGAAGUAGGGAAGUAUGAAUUAACGAGUAGGGGGUUUAGUACUUAUGAAGACCGAAUUAAAAAAGCACUAGGUUAUAUAUACAAAAUAUACGGAACAGGUAAGGAACCAUCCAAAAGUGAAGCCUACCAUUUCUUGUACUACUGGUUGGGUGACUUAUUAUCUAAGAGUACUACGUCAAGUGGUGAUUCAGGGGGUCCGGUGACUAUGAUUUGCAAUACUAUAAAUAAGUAUUGUACAAAGCAAGAUGAUGGACACGGAUGUGGAAUUCCGUGCAGUGGAGAAUUUCGGAAAGACCUUUUCAGUAAUAAAAAAGCAUUAUUUGAUUUCUGGUAUGACUAUGGGGCCUUGCUAACACUUUUAGAGAGUAGUAGGUUCCCGAAUGUUGAGAAAUGUGACACGUACUACCAAAAUGUCAAAGCAGCAAAGGAUGCAAUGGAAACACACUGUAAUCCGGAAGGAAAUGAUGAUUACUGUAAAAAUUUUUGGAAGCACCAUAAGACCGACAUUGAACAGAAACUAUCAAAAUUGCAUUCUGAAUUAAGCACAGCACGGACACGUAUAAAACAGGAAGCACAAGCAGCACUCUCCAAAGCAGAACAAGACCUAAAUAAAGCCACCACCACCUCUACCAUCUCUUCCAUCUUUGGCACCUUAGCAACCAUAGGUGCACCAUACCUUUUAUAUAAGUAUAAACCAUGGUCUUCUUGGUUUGGUAACCACUCUUCUGGAAGUGGAAGGAGCACAAGGAAGAAAAGAUCUAACGUCGAGCGCAACUUGGACGACUUAAGAGAAACUUCAACACUAGGCUACACGGACAGUUCGGAAACAAGUUCCACUAUGUUCCGUAAAUAUUCAAACCUUACAGAUAAUAUUUGCAUUCUGAGCUCAGCCUCAGAACAAUUUGAAGACAGGAGAGACACAUCAUCUGAUGGGAUGACCAUCACAGAAAGCGGAAAUCGCCAUAAUAGGAGGCACACAACUGAGACAAUUUCUCACCUAAGGCAUAUAAAUAGCAUUCCGUCAACAGGAGUGGAAAAUUUCAAAGCAUCCGAACCAGGGGUCCGCGUUUACAUAUCUCAGUACCUUCAGACCCACUAUAUUUUAGCAGUGUUUCCCCCCCAUUUGUUAAAUUUACCUUCAAAGACCGAUUUUUAUAAUAAAUUCGACGUGCCCGGUAAGGUCGAAUGUAAAUGUAAAGAUAUUUGGCCUGAUCAAUGGGGAAAAGAUUUACAGCGUAAGUUAAAUAGGAACCUGGAAAUUGUUGGUACCGAUGAAAUGGUCCUGGAUGCUUAUUGUUGUGCGCACAAAUUGAAAAAGGAACAAUCGCAGUCCAGUGGUGACCCCUGUCUUUUUUUUUAUUACUGGAUGGAAGAUAAAUUCCACAGCCAUACGGAUAAUAGGAAGUUAAGAGAUUUCAUGAGAGAAAUUUACGAAACGCUGAAAGUAGCACCCUAUAAUCACGAAUGUAAAGUUAUAUACCAAUGUAAUAUUGACAAGAGCCUUUUCGGAUAUAUAAAAGAAGUAUAUGAUUUUUCUUAUAACUAUAGUACCAUAGAAACGAAUGCAGAACAUUAUAGAUCCGCACAUCUCACGGAAUAUUCAAGGUACCUGGGAAAAAUUAGAACAGCAUGCCUUGUUGCACGAGCACAAUGUAAAGAAAAUGAAAAUGAUCCAUACUGUACUUGGUUUAAUGAGAAAGAAGGAAAGGAAGAAUAUUACUGUAAUCGGAAAAAGCUAUUGGAACUAGAAAACGGAAAACCAAAUCCGAACCCAAAUCAAGCUGGUAGUAGUGGCAGUUUUAGUGAUGAAGAUGAGGUGUGCAAGUUGGAGAAUUUACCCUCAAAAUUAGGAUACAGCAGAUUUGACGGAGGGGUGGCAAGUUCUAUGGAAAGUGAAAUUUGGAAUAAGGAAGGGGAAAUAGAGAAUAAGUUGAAGCCUGUAUUAACGAAAUAUGGUAAUAUGCAGCAGCAUAUUGAUAACAUUGCAAAAGCUUGGUGUUACCUAGUUAAUAUAGCAGUGGAAGGAGCAGCGGGGAAGAAGGAAGUGAAGGGUCCUGUAUAUUAUUUAUUCUAUUAUUGGUUAGGGGAUAAAGUAUGGAGCAGUGAUAGGAACGGCACUCCGUUCCCAGAUGUUAUGACUGAAAUUUACUUUCCACUUCAGACGGUGUUUCAUGGUAUUGAUCGUGGACCUAUAUGCACGGAGGACAUUGACCAAAUCAAGUUCAAUCAAAUGAAAAAAGUAUUCGAUUAUUACUAUGACCAUGGAACUAUAAAGGACUGCAUACAUAAAUCUCAGAUUUCUGGGUUAAAUUGUGCACAGGUAUAUUCUGAUUACCUGCAAGAAGCUGCUGACGUGUAUGGAAAAAUGAAGCAAUAUUGUGAACAGCCGGGAAGUUCUAGGAAGAUAUGUUGUAAACAUUUUAAUGAAAUUUCCAAUCAGAUUGAUGGAAGCAAUAUCCCUGAACCAUCAGAAUUAAAAUAUAAGUUAGAAUUAUUACAACAAACUAUAGUGUCUGAAGCAGAAACAAUAUCCCCUACCAGCACCCCUACCGGCCCAAUUGUCUCUUCUACACUAGGUACAUUAAUAGGACUACCAAUCAUUGUAUACCUUCUAUAUAAAAAUGCCCUGUGUAUGCAGCAGAACGUACUGCAGAAUCAUUCUCUCCUGGACCUAUUAUUGCAAAUUUUCCAGUUUCUCCUUAAGUUGUUCCUUAUGCACAUUCCAGAAUUUAGUACAUUCAACUUCCCAGGAAAGGUACCUUCAAAUACAGAUUUCUAUAAUAAAUUCUGGACGGCUUCUAAGGACCAUUGUGGUUGUAAAGAUAUUUGGCCUGAGAAAUGGGGAAGUGAUUUAAAGGGUAAGUUAAGGGAGGGCGACUGGCUCAAAAGUUCCAAGGAAAUGAUCAUGAAUGCUUACUGCUGCGCACACAAACUGAAAGGAAAAGAACAAUUCGAUGAUGCACCCUGUCAUUUCUUUUAUUAUUGGGUGGGAGAAAAUUUCCUGAAGAGUACAGGUAAUAGAGACUUGGGGGAUUUCAUGAAAGAAAUAUACGAAACUCUCAAAAAAGCUCCCUAUAAUCAUAAAUGUAAAAUUGAAUACGAUGCUGAUGUUAACUGGGAUCUCUUUAAACAGAUGAAGGAAGUAUAUGAUUUCUUCUAUGACUACUCUACCAUACGAAGCAAUGCACACCAAUAUGACACCAAAGAUGGUUCGGAAUAUUCAAAGUACCUGCGAAGAAUUAGUGGAGCAUGUAUUGUUGCAAAGGCGCAGUGUCCAUAUAAAGGGGAUCAUCCCUAUUGUGCAUGGUAUAAUGAGAAGAAAGAAGAUUACUGUGGUAAGGAACUAUCAGAACUAAGGACCAAACCCAAACCAAACCCAGACUCAAACCAGGAGUGCAAUUGGGAAGAACUACCUUCAGAAGAAAGAUAUAAAAAAUUCGACGAGCCAGAGAAGUACACUGUAGAGGAUACACCUCAGUGUAAGAAGGAGACAGCGGAGAAUUAUUUAAGUAAUGCAUUAAGCAAUUAUGGAAGUAUUAAGGAUCAUAUUAGUAACAUUGCAAAAGCUUGGUGUUACGUAGCUGGGGGGGCAGAAGAAAAAAAAGGAGGAAAAGAAAGGGAACUGAAGAAUGAUUUAUAUUACCUUUUUUAUUAUUGGGUAGGAGAUAAAGUAUGGAACACUGAGAGCACAAAAACUUCCUUCCCAAAAGUUAUGGAUGCUAUUUACCAGAAAUUAUGGGCGGUGCUCAGUGGAAUUAGUUGUGGGCUUAUAGAGAAGGAUAUUGACGAAAGCACUUUCGGAAAUAUGAGAAAAGUAUUCGAUUAUUCCCUUAACUAUACAACUAUAAGAGGAUGCGUACAAACAUCUCCGCCUCCUGGGUCUAAGUAUAUUGAGGAGUGUGCCAAGUAUGUGGAGGAAGUGGCUGAAGCAUACAGUGCUAUGGAACAAUACUGUGCACAACAUGUACAGCCCAGGAAGACAUGUUGUAGACAUUUUGAAGAAAUGUUCAAAGAGAAUGGUGACAGCACUAUUCGGAAGCCGUCAGAAUUGAAAUCGGAACUGGAUUCUUUACAGAAAACUACACUGACUCAAGCAGAAAUAAUAUCCUCCACCACCACCUCCAACACUCCUGCUGUUGCUUCUUCCACAAUUGCAUUAAUAGGGAUUCCAGCACUGGCAUUCUACCUAUAUAAACAUAAUCGUUUACCUUCUUGGAUACAUGGCUUCCUGGGAAAUAACAACAGUAGAAACGGAAGAAAAAGAAGAACAGCAAUGGGGAGGAACUCCGGCACAAGAAUGGAAAAUUUCACUGAAUACUCCACGGAGGGAAGUUCCACAAUAGGUCCAACGGGAUAUUCAACUACCAACUCCACAUCAAAUCUGUCAACAGACAGCUCAACCAUAUAUGAUAGGUUACACAGAAGGGGAGGAACAAAUAAUAAUGCACGGGGUCAUGCAAGAAAUGUAGUUUUCCCCAUUGUUUUGGAAUACAUCAUAGAAAGUAAACUUGGAAGCACGGAAGACUGUGAUGAUGAUUGUACAAAGAAUAUGAAGAACACGGUCCUAAAUGAUGGAUCUUCCAUUAAGCACUAUAAAGGUGAAGUUGUGCAUGCUUCAUGUUAUGUGUCCAAGAAAUAUACGAGCGGGGGGACACAUAAGAAUGAAUGGUGCCAUUUCCUGUAUUAUUGGAUAGGAUAUAAAUUAUAUCAUCAUACUACACCUGGCCAAAUCAAGAGCCCCCUAAAUUAUAUUUGUAAAUUAAUAACGCAAACAUAUGGGAACAAAGGAUGCACACUUAUUUGCCCUGAUAAUAUUGACCAAACCAUUUUCGGCCAAAUGAAAGAGGUAUUCGACUAUUCUUACGAUUAUAAAACCGUAAGAGGAGAGUUACUAAAGGAUGGAUCCCAUUGUGAGGGAGAAUGGUCGAGUUACAGGGACAAAAUUUUCUCGGCAUGUGAUGCUAUAAGUAAGCACUGUCAAAAUAGUACAUAUGCUGGUGAUCCAUAUUGCAAAAAAUUUAAGGAUAAGUACGACCAAUAUUGUGAUACAGUCAAACUGUCCAAAGAAAAAUGCAAAUUGCAAUCUCAAUUAACAUCUGUACAAGAAGAGAAGGCGCGGGCAGAGCAAGCACAAAAAUUAGCACUCUCUGAAAAACAAGCCAUAUCCACCAAACUAAACAACGCCAUCCAUCAAGCAAAUAAAGCUUCUUCUCUUUCUUCUGCUUUUGGUACCUUAGCAGCAUUAGAAUUACCUGCACUCCUUUUCCUCGCAUAUAAGUAUAAGCCAUGGUCUUCCUGGUUCGGUAACAAUUUUUCUGGAAAUGGAAGGAGCGGAAGAAAUAAAAGAUCUAACAUCCAGCGCAACUUCGACAACUUAACAGAAACUUCAACAGUGGACUUCACAGGAAGUUCGGAAACAAGUUCCACAAUAGACGACCAUUCUACCGUUCGUCCUUCCGCCUACAUAGGACAACCCGGGGGAAGAACAAAUAAUAAUGCGGGAGGUCUAGGGAUGGUAGGUUAUCAGAACAUGUGA